AUGGCUUCACAGGGGCGCCAGCCAUUCGAGAGUAGAAAUGGCUCUACAAGCUCGGAUGCCGGUAGUUGGGCUUCCAAGGACACCGUUAGGGACAAUCAGAACAGCUAUCGCUCAAAUACGGAUCCUACUACGUCGAACGGUCGCAACGCGUCUCCGUUUCCAGGAAAUGCGAAGAUGGAUAAUUCUAAUAUGCAAGGUCGCCCCAACCUCGGUGUCCCGCCCGAAUUCUACACAUCCAUGUUCUCUUUGGGAUCUUCGGAUAACCCCGCAGAGCAACGGAAACCACCCACGUUUGGGAGUCACAGAAAAGCAUUGGCCGUACUGGGUUCGGACGAUCCUGGCCCUCCCCCGACUUCCAGCUCCGGCUCACGACCACCCUCUUUGAACCCGAAUAACCAGACGGACUACUUUAGCCAAGAGCCGAUCUCUCCAUGGUCUUCGUCGCCAAAAAUGGGCCCCACCGAUGGCCCUGGGACGUUCUACAAUGAUUUCUCCGAACAGGAGGCGUCACCCUCCUCUACCACUUUCCGCUCGGGACCAGGCCGGGCCUACGGGAGUGAUUCCUUUGAGGUGGAUUACGGCAGGGAUCACCGGAGACCUUCUGCAGCCAGUGCUACCACGAUUAGCAGCCAGGGGUCCAAGUCGAGUGGUAGUAGGUUUCGAAAGAAGUUACAGGGCUUUUUUGGUGAUGAAUAUCUUGGGUCGCGUGAUCAAAAACCGGAAUCAGACGAAAGCAGUCUCUACGGCAAAAAUACCAGACUUGGGCCCCUCGACCAAGCGAGAGCGCGUGAGCGAGCCAACUCAGAUGGAUCGCGACACAUCUCUGACGCCAAUAAUUCGUCGCGGCCAAUGACGCCCCUCCCAGGUCUUCCUUCCAGUGAUAUUACUCCUUGGGAUUAUCAGAAUUUGGGCGAUAUUCCACAGUUUGGAGAAGCACCAGUACGUGACACCCCUAUCAUCGCAGAUCGAAAUCGUCGCGGAGCGCAAAGAGAUCCGGCUCGGAGACCCUUCCCUACACAUCGCCACACCCGCAGCAAAGAAGAAAAGCCCACAUCAGCUGGCGACCUUUCCGGAUAUCCGGCUCGUCCGGCAACUGGGCAGGAUGAUUCUUCUAUUGGGCUCCGCCCUUUUGCAGAAGGCGGCAUGUCCUCUGCUAUGAACUCAACUACUACUCUCGGUGGCCGUCCUGCCAGCCCCACGCCAAGCGUUCAAAGCACCCAUUCACGUGAGCAAGGCCAGAACUCACCCGGUGCACCUUCUGGUACCAAGCGUUCCCUACUGGGUAAGAUCCGGUUUCCCAAAGGGCAUGGUCCUCUCAAACAUCUUCCGGGCUCCUCAAAGGCGGUCCAAGAUCAGUCGAAGUCGUCGAAAUCGGCGCGCCGUGACCAGUCCCCUGUUAGACGCGGGAGACAGGGAAGUCUUGAGGAUGCUAAGAGUUCCAAGUUUCGUGGCCGUCGCAAUGAGCCACUCGGAAAUGCGGAUGAAGCGGGUGUCUGGCCUCUCGACACAGAUCUCAAUCAUAUGGAGGGGAUCGUAGCGCCCGGUCAAGGAGAUCAAGGUCGAGGGCUUGAUGAGACGAAUGCGCAGCCAGACGACAGGAAAGGGCCGAUGCCCCCAGGAAAUUGGGACGCCCCUGAGAGUUGGCAGGUGAAAAAGCACAACGAAGAUCUCUCUGCGCGGCUGCCAAAGAUAGCGAACGAAGCAGCGCGCACCACUUCAGAUGGAGGCGGCAGGCCGUACUUCCUUCGCGUCUUCCGGAUUGACUCAACCUUUGCUACCUUGUCGGCUGGUGUGGAUGCAACUGUCGCGGAUAUCCUUCUGAUGUUGGGCCGCAAAUCAUUUCUUCAAGAUCACCUGAAUAACUAUGAGAUCGUUAUGCGGAAACAUGAUCUCUCCAGGCAGUUGGACCAUACUGAACGGCCAAUUCGCAUGCAGAAGCGAUUGCUGGAGCAGGUGGGCUACAUGGAGAAAGACCGCAUUGAGGAUAUCGGACGUGAAGAUCACAGCUACAUCUGUCGUUUUAUAUUCCUUCCCACCAAAUUGAGCGGCUAUAGCAGUCUCGAAGGUGAUCCGGGAUUCAAUAAAAUGCAGAAAUUCAGCCAUGUCGACCUCCAGGGCCGGAGUCUCGUCACCAUUCCGAUUACCUUAUACAAGAAGGCAUCUGAGAUCAUUACGUUGAACAUCUCGAGAAACCUAUCCUUGGAUGUCCCCAAAGACUUUAUUCAAAGUUGUAUCAACCUACGAGAGAUUAAAUUCAUGGGCAAUGAGGCAUUGCGUCUGCCAACGAGUUUCAGUCUGGCAAGUCGACUGACUUAUUUGGACGUGUCAAACAAUUGCCUAGAGGAGCUGAGCCACGCCAAUCUUGACCGGUUGCACGGUCUUGUCAGCAUCAAACUGUCCAACAACAAGUUGACGGAAUUGCCUAGCUACUUUGGAAACUUUCCAUCCUUGCGCAGUCUGAACAUAUCCUCCAACAGCUUCCAGGAAUUUCCCAGUUUCCUCUGCAACCUGAAGAGCCUGGUCAAUCUCGACAUUAGCUUCAAUAACAUCGCUAGUAUUCCCAACAUUGGCAAACUGCGUACGCUGGAACGACUUUGGAUGACAAACAACAUGCUCAGCGGGCCUCUCGAUGAGACAUUCAAGGAUCUGGUGAAUCUAAGAGAGAUCGAUGCGCGCUUCAAUGCAAUUAACAACAUUGACAACCUUUCGCUUCUUCCGCGCCUCGAGCAGCUGUUUGCCGGUCACAAUGCGAUUUCAAGAUUCAGAGGAUCCUUUCCCAAGCUGCGUUCAUUGUUCUUGGAUCAUUGCCCUAUGACCCAAUUCGAUAUCGAUGCACCUAUGCCGACGCUGACGACUCUCAACAUAGCAUCCGCUAAGCUUGUUCAAUUCCGGGAUUCAUUGUUUGACAAUGUGCCAAGUCUGACAAAAAUGGUUCUGGAUAAAAACCAUUUCGUCUCCAUGCCAUCGAAUAUCGGCAAGCUUCGUCGGUUAGAACAUUUCAGCAUGAUCAAGAACCCGCUUGCUGCGCUACCGGUGACGAUAGGUUGCCUUACGGAGCUCAAAUAUCUCAACCUCAGGGAAUGCAAUCUCAGCAGACUGCCCCGGGAGCUUUGGCAUUGUGCCAAACUGGAAACUCUAAAUGUAUCGUCAAAUGUGCUGGAAACUUUCCCGAAGCAUGGUAGCUCUCCGCCACAGGCUCCUGGUGAACCCCCUGGUAUGUCUGGAGCCACGCAGGGCACCACGGGAACCCCGAAUUAUGAAGAACUGGGAACGGUUGAAGAAAAUGACGAGCGCAGGCCCAGCCAGACGUCUGGUGCCACAAGCUCAGGAGGUUCACCUGCCAGUGGAUAUCGAAAGCCAUCUGUCGCGUCGUCGUCAGGCCAAGGAGCAAGAAAAGUGUCGACAGCCCGGUCCGCCACCGAUGGCAGUGCGUUUACACGCAAGGAUUCCAAUUUCUCACAGCAUGUCGCGACCACAUUUGCCGGGUCUCUCAGGCAUCUAUACCUGGCGGACAACCGGCUAGAGGAUGAUAUUUUCCGUGAAUUGUCACUAAUUCCCGAAUUACGCGUGGUCAAUAUAUCGUAUAACGAAUUGACCGAGUUGCCCCAGGGCCUGCUAAAACGCUGGCCAUUGAUCACAGAACUGUACCUUUCGGGGAAUGAACUGACCUCGCUUCCGUCGGAUGACCUGGAGGAAGGGAGCAACUUAAAAAUACUCCAUAUAAAUGCAAAUCGAUUCCAGGUGCUCCCCGCUGAACUCUGCAAAGUCAGCAAGCUCGCGAGUCUUGAUGUUGGCAGCAAUGCUUUGAAGUACAACGUGUCCAACUGGCCCUAUGACUGGAACUGGAAUUGGAAUCGAAACCUCAGGUAUCUCAAUUUCUCCGGAAACAAGCGACUUGAGAUCAAGCCGAAUAUCGCUUCAUUGGGACCCCCCACUGCCAAUGCCACUGAUUUGACCGACUUCAAUUCGCUUACCCAUCUUCGCGUCUUGGGUCUGAUGGAUGUCACUCUCACCACACCCACCAUUCCUGAGGAGAAUGAAGAUCGUCGUGUAAGAACCUCGGCAUCGUUGGCCGGUUCGCUUGCCUAUGGUAUGGCCGACACGCUGGGCAAAACUGAGCACCUUUCCAUCAUUGAUAUGAUGGUUCCGCGUCUUAAACCGGACAAUGUGGAAACGUUGGUGGGCAUGUUUGACGGCCAAACUCAAUCAACCGGCGGCUCCAAGAUUGCCAAGUUCCUUCAUGAAAAUUUCACGUCAACAUUCUCUACUGAAUUAAGGAAGAUGAGAACCGAAGAAAAAGAGACCCCGCUAGAUGCUUUGAGGCGCACAUUUCUGGCGUUGAACAAGGAUAUGGCUGUCGCAGCUUACAAGUCUUUGGAUGAUCAUGCCAUUCGGCAAUACCGUCGGGGUACGCCUACGACCAAGCUUCUCAACCAAGACGACAUCCAAGCUGGCGGGGUCGCAACCGUUAUGUAUCUGAACAACAUGGAUCUAUAUGUCGCAAACGUUGGAGAUGCCCAGGCAAUUCUCGUCAAGUCGGAUGGCUCCAUGAGAUACUUGACGCGCACUCAUGAUCCCGCCGAAGCGCAGGAAAGGGCGAGGAUCCGUGCUGCCGGAGGAUUUGUUUCUCGCAAUGGCCGACUCAAUGACACGCUUCCAGUGUCAAGGGCAUUUGGUUAUUUCCAGCUGAUGCCUGCGGUAAUUGCGGCCCCAUACACACAACAUGUCACUUUGACAGAACAGGACGAGAUGAUCAUCUUAGCCUCCAAAGAAUUGUGGGACUAUGUGACUCCUGAUGUGGUCGUCGACGUUACCAGGGCGGAGCGAAGUGAUCUGAUGGUCGCUGCUCAAAAGAUCCGUGACCUGGCUGUCUCCUUUGGAGCUAGCAACAAACUGAUGGUGAUGAUCCUCGGAGUUAGCGAUCUGAAGAAACGGGAGCGUUACAAGUUCAGAGGCUUCUCUAUGGGCCCAUCCUCCUUCCCCGAAGAGCAAAUCAUCCCAAGUACGAAGCGAACCAAGAAACCACGUGAUAUGCCCGGGGAUUCUAGGCUUGCCCGAUUUGACUACGUUGACGCUCCUACCGGUGAACUGGCCAUUAUAUUUACGGAUAUCAAAAAGUCCACCGGUCUCUGGGAGACUUGUCCAGAUGCGAUGCGCUCGGCAAUUCAAAUCCAUAACGACAUCCUACGAAGACAGCUUGGAAUUAUCGGUGGAUAUGAGGUCAAGACCGAAGGUGACGCCUUUAUGGUGGCCUUUGCCACCACAACUGCCGCUUUGCUCUGGUGUUUCAAUUGUCAGAACCAACUACUAGAGGCGGAAUGGCCUACAGAGAUCCUGGAGCAACCCCAAUGCCAAGUGCAGUAUGAUACGGAGAAGAAUAUCAUAUUCCGUGGAUUGUCUGUCCGGAUGGGUAUUCACUGGGGAGAGCCCGUCUCUGAGAAGGAUCCUGUCACGAAUCGGAUGGACUAUUUUGGCCCCAUGGUGAACCGUGCAUCCCGUAUCUCGGCCGUGGCCGACGGAGGCCAAAUCUUUGUAUCGUCAGACUUCAUGGGCGAUAUCCAGCGUAACCUGGAGGUAUUUGCGGACAGUGAGCGGGCUGCUUCGACCGGCUCCGAGGAGAACUAUGCCAUGGAUAACCUUGGGUAUAGCAUUCGUCGCGAGUUGCAACAACUCAAUAGCCAGGGCUUCGUAAUCAAAGAUCAGGGUGAACAGAAACUGAAAGGCCUAGAAAAUCCAGAGCCACUCUAUCUGAUCUACCCUCACGCGCUCUCUGGACGGCUGACCUCUUUGGAAGAGCAAGCAGCCAAGGAAAAGGCCCCGACUACCAUCAGCAAGCACUCGCAGCUGGAGAUCCAGACCGAUCUUAUCUGGCGACUCUGGGAAAUCACUCUCCGAUUGGAACGACUGUGUGGUGCUCUGGAAAGUCAAGACACGCGGCUCAAGGAACCAAACUCGGCGAUAUACAAUGUGGUUAAAAACCAUGGAGGUGAGCUUGCUGACUCGGCUGUUAUUGGCUUGGUUGAGCACCAGGUGGUCCGUAUCGAGGUGGCAAUUAACACACUCGCGAUGCGACAUAUGAUGCAGCCGUUCAGGCCUGGCGACCGGCUUGAAGACCAUGCUACGCCAAUUGCUGAGGUGAUGCAGCAGUUGCAGACGCAACUUGCAGAAUACCGGGCCCUUAAAGAGCAACUGGCUAUCGGUGCUGCUGGCAGCUCCGGCAGGGACGAAGACUCCAGUAACGAGGAUGGCUCAAGUUCCGGCUCAUCGUCAUACUUUCAACUUGCUGCGUGA